AUGACAUGGUACAGGAACCUUCCUCCCAACUCCAUCCACUCCUGGACCGAGCUCAAAGAGCUCUUUCUGAGCCAUUUCACAGCAUCCCGUCGACAAUCGAAAUCAGAGGCGAACCUCGAAGCAGUAAUCCAAGGAACCAAUGAACCUCUCCGAGACUACCUCGGCAGGUUCAACAAAGAAGCCGUCCAAGUACAGACGACCGAUUACAUGAAGAGGUACCUCCUAGAGCGAGGGCUUCUCCCCGGAAGUGACUUCAAGAAGACCAUCAAAAUCGAGAAGGUGCACACCAUGAACGCCCUCCUCCACAAAGCUCAAGCCUUCAUCGCUUUCGAAGAAGGAGAGGCUGCUGCCAUGAAAGCCUCGUCCCACGACGCCAAAGAGCGCCGAGGACCAGCUGGUCGCUUCAACGACUACACCCCUCUGAAUGCUUCACGGGAGAAAAUCUUGGCCGAAUGCAAAAGCACCGACUUCAAGAAUUCCAACAUCAGCCCCCCGAAGUCAAACCCCGCAAGACCAGGAACUGACAUAUCCAAGUACUGCAAGUACCACAAGAGUCACGGGCAUCUAACCGAGGAAUGCAUUCAUCUUAAGGAUGCCAUUGAGACACUGAUCAAGGAAGGUCGCCUUUCGAAAUACACAAAGAAAGGGGAACCUUCCCGGAGGGACGACCAACGAAACUCUGAUGAGGGCAACUCACCGGAUAACAGGCCUCUGCAAGUAGCCCUGUCCGUCACCCGUCCUGAAGACUUCAUGCCUUCGGUCGGAAUAACUACCGCAUUUAGCGAGUGGGAAAGAUUCCCGACCGCCAUGGUCGUCUCUAACGGCGGGGAUCCCGGUUCUCUCACCAUCAGCUCAGUGAAGAGAAAGUUCGAUGAAUUGUUCAACGCCAACGCAGACCUCGGCCCUACUCUGCGGAAGUUCAGAGGAUAA